AUGUCGCCAUUCAAGAACGACCCUCGGAUCGUAGCAGCUCUGCAGGAAAGCAUCAAGCUGGGUGAAUAUGGCAUCGCAGUGUCUGCCUAUCACAAAGGCGAACUCAUCGUGGAUUGUUUCGACGGACUUGCGAACACAGAGACCAAGAAGCCCGUCGACAGCAACACAUUAUUUCCAGUCUUCUCAGUCACAAAGGGAGUGACGGCUCUGGCCAUACACGUGCAAGCUGAUCGUGGGCUGCUCGAAUAUAAUGCGCCUAUUGCCAAGUACUGGCCCGAGUUUGGCAAGAACGGCAAGGAAGCGACCACGGUCGAACAGGCCCUUUCACACAGGGCGGGGAUCCCUCAAAUGCCCGAUGGCGUUACGCCUGAAUUGAUGCAUGAUUGGGCAUGGAUGAUCAAGCAUAUAGCUGAUUUUACUCCAAUCUUCCCACCGGGAACUGCCAAUGCGUACCACAUCUUGGUCUGGGGCUGGAUCCUGGGUGAGGUCGUUGUUAGGACAGAUCCGACACGCCGCCCAUUUGACGUCUUUGUCAAGGAAGAGAUUCUUGAACCGCUGAGGAUCAAAGACUUUCAUCUUGGCGUACCAAGUGAGAAGUUAUCGAAUGUUGCGACAUUGUACGGUGGCAAUUCGUUCGAUAUGGUCGAUGACUACAACAUUAGUCCUACAGCCGUCUUUCCCGGCUCGACCGUUCACAACAUUCCUAUUGUGCAACAAACUGUCGACCCUGGCGCAGGAGCGAUCACGACAGCUCCAGCCGUGGCUCGGAUCUUUGCACUUAUCGCUAAUGAAGGCGAGCUGGAUGGUGUUCGACUGCUUUCCAAAGACAGAGUCGCUGGGUUGUCACGGCUCAGAGAAGGUGCGCACGACCCGGACAAGAUUCUGACCGUUCCGGUGUGGUUCGGAGCUGCCGGAUACUGGCUCGGCGGUGAGGAAGGAAAGUCCGAUCCCAUUGUAGGGGAUCAUCGUGAUAUCAUCUACAGUCCAGGAGCUGGGGGAAGUUUGGCAUUCGCUGACCUUCGCGACUCAGUCGCUGUGGCUAUCUGCCAUAACAACAUGGACACUGUGGCAAUAUACCCGGAAAGAACUUACACGCCUAUCAUGAAGGCGAUCAGAGAAAUUGUUGCGGAGCGGGAAAAAGCUACGAAGUUGUAA